AUGUCUUCCAACGGGCGCCUCAUCAAACCCAACACUCCGAGCGCCAAAACCUUAUACCAAACAACUUCUCCAUACGAACAGUGUAUCGGCUACUAUCGAGGCGUCCGCUAUGGUCAGCACGUCUUCAUUUCUGGAACAACAUCCGUUGACCCUCAUUCCUCGCCCUCGGCUCCUCAAAUCCUUUACCCUGGCAAUGCCGCAGCUCAAAUGCGUGUUGCACUGGGCGAAUGCAUUCGAGUAGUGGGAGAGUUAUCCGGAAGUAUGGCACAAGCGUUGGAGAGUAUCGUUCGGGUGAGGAUGUAUGUGAGUCGGAAAGAAGACGCCGCGGUGGUAAUGGGGGUAUUUAGUGAGAUGCUGGGUGCGGGAAGAAAAGACGCAGAGGAAGGGGAUGGGGUGGGUGCAGCUGCAACGGCAAUUGUCGUGAAGGAUGGUUUUGUGGAUGACAUGAUGUUGGUUGAGGUGGAAGUCGAUGCAAUUAUUUCAUCUUGCUCUAAAACAAUUGCAUAG